UUUAGGGAGGCAGACAGUUGUACUCAUUGGUAGUUGCACUUGCACAUCCAUGUAGGAUACUCUCGAACAGGAAACAACAACCUACAAGUCGCGAGGCGCCUGUUCUCGGGUGGGCAUCCACAUCUCUGCGGUGCGCACUGCUGCUCCCACACUCACUCCAGCCCUCUGUCCACACUGAAGCUGGCUGGCGUUCAUGCGUAAAGGAACUGCACAGUGCCAUCCUUCUCUUUUUGCGGCAGACAGAUAUCCAACCAGCACAUUUUGGUUACUUUUUGUUCAUCAGGAAAACUUUAAAGCAGGAUUUGACCAUGGAUACAAACGGCGACUCUGUGGGGGGAAGGAAAGUGUGUCAGUGCGCCCCAAAGUCCGUGGCUCAGCGGUGGCUGCCGGGGUUACCCGUGGCUCUGUGCUUGCUGAUGUCCCUCAGCUCCAUCACUGUGUGUCUGCUGAUGAGCUUCAAGACCUACCAGCUGGAAAACCGGCUGCAGAUGGAGAUGCAAAAGAUGUCCAUCUUUCAUCCACCGCACAUGGCUUUUCUAAACCAGGAUGGGAGCCUUAUUCCAGAGCUGAGCACUUCAAUAGGAAAACUAGUGGAAGAGAAAGUGGUGGUCAUGAUGCCAAAACUGAGGACAGCGAGGGACGUCAGCCCAGAGUGCUCCUGUCCUCCAGGGCCUCCAGGAAAACGAGGAAGAAUGGGAAGAAGAGGGGAACCUGGGCCUCCUGGCAAGGCUGGACGGGAUGGAUACCCGGGUCCUCUUGGCUUGGAUGGAAAACCAGGUUUACCAGGUCCCAAGGGAAGCCAGGGACCAGCUGGACCCAAGGGAGAAAAGGGUGACCAAGGGGACAUUGGGCCAAGGAUGGUCUUUCCUCGAUAUGACCAUGGCUUUAUCUCUGGAGAUCAGUCCACCACCUUUCAGAGACGUUUUCUGAAGGGUGAUCAGGGUCAGGCUGGACCUCCCGGGCCUCCUGGUCAGCCAGGCCCCCCUGGACCCCGCGGCCCUCCUGGGAACACUGGCAAAGACGGACCCCGCGGCCCUGCUGGAGAGCCAGGUUUUCCAGGUCGUGAUGGCAUUGAGGGUUCACCAGGAUUGCCUGGGAAGCCGGGUGAAGAUGGAGAGCCUGGCUAUCCAGGACCUCAGGGCCCUCCAGGGGUAAAGGGUGAACCAGGUAUGGGAGAGAAAGGAGAAAGAGGCAUGGACGGACUUCCAGGGAUUAAGGGAGAUAUAGGUGAAGCAGGGGAGCAAGGACCAAUGGGUUAUCCUGGUGAGAAAGGCACUGCAGGCUCCUCAGACAUCACUGACUUCAACAGAAAGCUUCUAGAUGCUUUCCAGGCCAUCAACACCAUCAGUGUUUCGGGCCCACCUGGACCACCCGGACCCCCAGGCCCUGCAGGGGAAAAGGGUGAACUUGGUUUACCUGGGCCAGCAGGAGUUGAUGGGGAGAAGGGACCUAAAGGUGACCUGGGAGAGAUGGGACCUCCAGGAGAGAGAGGAGAGAAGGGAGAGAUGGGGCUCUCUGGGCCUGCUGGUAUGGAUGGACAGAAAGGUGAGAAGGGCGACUGCAGACUGGAUGACAACCUGGUACAGAUGAUUUCUCAGCCAGGACCACCAGGCCCACCUGGUCCACCUGGAAUCCCUGGGUCUCCUGGGUCCAUGGGGCUACAUGGGAUGCCUGGUCCAAAGGGUGAGCCUGGAGCUGGGAUGAGGGGAGAGAAGGGUGACAGUGGUGCCCCUGGACCCAGAGGAAUGGAUGGACACCAGGGCCCACCAGGGUCUCCUGGGUUAGUGGGUCUUCCAGGUGCUAAGGGAGAGAAAGGCAGGCCAGGGGAGCCAGGAUUAGACGGUUUCCCAGGUCUAAUGGGGGAGAAAGGUGACAGAGGAGAAAGAGGAGAGAAGGGUGACCGGGGAGGAGUGGGAAAGAGAGGUCUGAAGGGCCAGAAGGGAGAGCAGGGUCCCCCAGGCCUUGACCAGCCCUGUCCUGUGGGUUGUGAUGAGACUAAAGAUCUAUCUAUGGAGGCGAGGCCCUCUUCCCCUUCGCCUCCUCUUCCUCCUCUUGGCCCUGAGGCCCCUUGUCCUGUGGGACAGGAUGGGCUGCCAAUACCAGGCUGCUGGCACAAGUGAUGACUAACAAGCAGCAUGGAGAUAUCUGUACAUAUUGAUAUGGUAUAUAUAUUGCAUCUGAUACUACACCACCUUCACGUUCCCCUUUUUUCCUUUUUUGUAAAAACAUUUUAUAUAAUAUAUUGAGGGUUUUUUUUAAUCAGAAGUUUUUUUUUGAGUCUGCAGUAUUAAGGGAACUUCUUUGAGAUAAAGUGUUUCUGAGAAUGCAGCCGUGCUUUUAAUGAGAAAGUGGGACUCUAACUAUUAAGGACAGUCCACGUGACAGUGUCGGAGUGGAAGAUUGCUGCCUUACUAACAAAGUCUGACUUGCUGCCUGAUUGUGACCAUGCGUGCUGGGGAUGGCGGUGUGUCCACUCACCUUGUCACACGGAUGAAUGUUUGGAUGGACAGACCAAUCUCAUAGCUGUGGCAGAUGGAGAUGUGUCGGUCAGUACUCUGUUGUCCUCUCUCUUGUCUUCUGAAAGGAGGAGAUGGCGAGGCAGAAGCUCAAACGUAAGCGCCUCUCUCAGCCCUGAAGGGGUUUGGGACCCAGUGGUGGAAGGACACACAAACAGAUGGAGAGCACAAGAGGCACACUGGCCUUUAUGAAGCUGGGAACGCCACAUAACUCCAAAGUGUCACACUGAACACUCAGAUCCUCUGUUACGGAGACUCCAGCAGGGGGAGACAGAGAACACUGCAUUUCCACAUUCACCUGAGAGGAAAAGACACACCAUUUUUUUGCCUGAUGUCAGUGGCACAUAAGGAAGGAUCCACCGCUCAUGAUGUGGUGGUCUCUUGAAUGGUUCUUUUUAAAAAGGUUUUCGCUAACUGAAUGCAUGAUCAUAAAAGGAACAGAGCUGUUCAGCAUCCUGACAGCCUGUAUGACUUGUGGUCCCUCAUUGAAACCUCAAACAACAGAUUUAUUAACAUUAAGUGGUCUUUAAUAGCCUUCUUUUUCAACAAGCUGCUCAGAAAAGUCAGUAGGCCUGCUUUUUUAAUGGCUUACACUUGUGGCAGCGGUGUCUUCUUUUAUUCUGUUAUAUAUUGUUGCAUUUCUGUCUGUCCAGUCACAUUUUGCAUUCCUGUGCAUUGACAUGUUUGUGGAUUAUAUAGCCAUUGAAAUUUCAAGGCCAGAUUUGAAGGAACCAUUUACAGUGUUGAUUAUAAACCAGAGUUUCAGUAUUUGAGCAGGAUGUGGAUCAGUUACAACCUUAAAUUGGUUUUGUUUAGAUGCCUUGACAAAAUGAUUGCCUGGUUAUUUUUUUCUUAAUGAAUUUUUAGUAUAACAGAUGCAUUUUGAUCAGUCAUUACCUUUUAAUCACAGAUGAAUUCAUGUUUAUUUACUGUUGCCAGUUUCUUUGGACGACAGAGUAACUUCUUGCUGCUGAAUAAAAUGUGUGUUAUUUGUUUGCUAUUUUAAAGUCUAUUUUAGCCAUUUGGACUGAAGGACUAACUAACUAAAGAAUGGCAUUUAAAUCUUAUUUAGCAACACUUUAACAAAAUGGUCAGUCUUCUUGCAUUUUGCAUUUGCAUUUCUUACUUUCAUUUAUCAACUUUGAGUCAGUGCUAUGAAAGUACUUUAUUUUAUAUGUUUUAGUCUAUGAUUUGCAAUUGUAACACAUUUUUCUCAGACGGAAACAUUUCUUUGUGCAUAAAUCAGAUCAGAUUCAAUUUAUUGUCAUUACACACAUGCAAGUACACAGCAACAAAAUGCAAUGCUUCAAGAACUGUUUAAAGAUCUUCUUUAAAGCCCAUUAGGGUUGGAUAAACCCCACCACUCAUGCACACCUACCAGCAGACAUACAAAUAUGUGCACAUAUUGUUACAUAUGCACAAUUUAACUGCUUUCAAAUACUUGUCUGCAUGUAUACAAGGUCAUGUGUCUGCAUUUGUUGACAGAAACACUUUUACAUUAAUGGAAAUCUAUUACAUUUUCUUAGUGGGCAUAUGCAUAUUUUACACUAAGUGGCAAUACACAGUGUGUUGUACAAUAUUAAUAUCAUUCAGCAACUGACACUGCAUAUACUUUAUAAAAUAACAGUCAAAUUUACAGUGUUUAUAUUGUUAACCUCUGUAUGAUUUCAUUCAGGUUUAAACACUUCAACUAAAACUGCAAUAUUUGCAAAUGUUAGAGAAAUCCAGUGUUAGUGUUGUUUUGUUUUUUGAGUAUGAUUUUUACCGAGUUAAUCAGAAAACAAAAUCUUGUCAUGGAGUUGACUUUGCAUUUGUAUCUACAUGAUCAGUUACUUUACUUACAAGUUGUUUAAUUAGAAUGAAAGCAAUUUUGUAGAAUAACUAUUUUGGGUUAGUUCACCUGGGUAGAAAACACACAGUACAUUCGUAAUGCAGAUUUCUUAGGUAUUCAAUUGAAAAUAUUCAUUUGUAACUGCAAGGUGCUUCAUAUAAUGUUGUUUCUGAUUAAGUCUGAAAUGACAGAGGAGAUAACGUUUAAUGUAACUUAUCAGCUUUUUACUGCAAACAUUCUUGUACAUAAACUCUCAAAGUGCAUUUCUGACACCACACAAAAAUAUUUCUAAUUUCAUGAGGGUUUUGUAAAAAACAUUGAAACCAGUAUCACUCAUUUAUGUAAAAACAAAUGCAUUAUGGAAAUGUUUUAUAUAAAACAAUAUUUUUUUUAACCAAUACAGUAAGUUGUAAUCAUGAUAAAAGAAAUGUAUGGUGGGUAUGAAGUGAUACUGAAAGUUGGUCUUGGCUUUUUCACUGGUAGCUGAUGGUUAUCUGUCACUUAACAUUAUUAUAUGUUGUUAUUUCUUUUGCAGAUUCUGUCAGUUUCAGUUCAAGGCUUAAUGGAGUCAGUAAAUGGCACAGGGUCUGAAUACAGGUGUUUUUGCAAAUCACAGUAUUAAGUUGACUUUGUGAGAAUGUUUUUUGCUUGUGUAUUUGGUUGUAAAGGAAUUAAGCUAUUUUUGUAAUUACUUGUCUAAAUAUGUAUAACGUGAAUUCUGCUCAACUAAACAUGUAGACUGAAAUAAACUUUAAAGUUUU